AUGUUAGAGUUAAACGGUGCAUCGCCACAGCAUAUCACCCAAGAAGAAGUGGUUAAAAUCCAGCAAACGCAAUUUCAGAAACCGGGUUUAUCUGCUUCGCCAAUGAGCGGGAACUUUUGUUCGUCAACUUCCGGACGUGGUGGUUCUAUGUCCCCAGAUCCAUCGAUGAGUAAUAACACCGGUCAACAAACAAUAAUGGAUCUGAAGAAAAGAUACAGGUACAAGGUUGAAAUGGAUAAGUUGAGUGGUUUCAUGUUAAAGAAUUUCUGUGCCGGUGCGCUAAUCAAAUAUAGCAGGUUGUUCGUCCCAGUUGAAUUCGAUUCAAAACAAGGGAAGAAACAAACAUGCAAGGCCCCAGCAAUUAACUUAGCCGAUCUAAUGAAAUUUGUUAAAAUUUUGCUAACCCGCGUGAAAGCCACGAGGCACCAGUUCAAGAAGAUGUGUAUCUUGUCGAUCAAAUUCUUCGAAGCGUGUGUCAAAUCGCGUGAGAAUUACAUGAAAUAUUUGAAAUACGACGUACGGAAAGUCGUAGUCGCGUGUCUAGCCUUGACUUAUCCACAGGGACACACAAUGGCCAAUACGGAAAAAUCUAUGCUGUUAGUGUCAAGCGCUGCCGGAGUAUCCAACGAGCAGCUUCGGCACUGUUGUGAAAUCGUAGGUCCCAUUCUUAAAUCUGAGUUUUUAAAGAAACAACGGCAGCAGUACCAAACUGCUCAUGCACAAGCACAGACUGGAGCUAACGAAUCCAAUCAUGCUUCCCAAAACAAUACCGCUUCUAUGCGGGGAUCUAUAGCAACAAGAACCACUGUGAACAUCAGAUCGACGGAUUUUGGUACGUUUACCAAUUGCUAUACGAACCAAGACGACCAAGAAACUUACCUCACACCGUCGGACUACGAGUCAUUCAACGAAAUGGGUAAACAAAUGGUAAAUAGAACCUUCCUGGUCAAAUUAUGA